GAUAUACUUGCCAACAACUCAAAAACACAAAAUUUAUCUCUAUCUUAUGUUCUUUUUUUUUUUCUUUCUCUCUCUAAUGUUUGGAAAAUCAUCCAUGUCUUCGUCUGAAAGUGAAACUGAAGCAUUAUCAGGAGGAGGAGGAGGAGGAAGAGGAAGAGAAAAUGGGGUUCAUGAGGAGGGGGAUAAACAUUAUCUUGUGCCACUUGCAACUCAUGAAGAAAUUGUUAAGAAUCGUAGUGUCUUCAUGGAAACUUUUAGACAUUUUCAUUCUUUAAUUGGUACCAAAAUCAUGGUUCCUGUAAUUGGAGGAAAAGAGCUUGAUUUGCAUAUCCUGUACGUGGAAGUUACUAAAAGAGGUGGUUUUGAAAAGGUUGUGAUAGAGAAAAAAUGGAGGGAUGUGGGCAUAAUUUUCAACUUCCCACAAACAGCAACAAGUGCUUCUUAUGUUUUGAGGAAACACUAUGCAUCCCUUCUUUAUCAUUAUGAACAAGUUUAUUUUUUUAAGCUUCAAUGCACCCCUUCAUCAGUGGCAAUGCCAGUUAUUAAGAGUUUAACAUACAGACAUACUACUGGUGGCGUAAGAUGUGAUGAUUUGGUAGUAACUUCUUCUCAGUCCAUGCAAAUACAGCCAUACCAAACGCCUAGUAACAAGACAAAAUCAAGUUCAGCUUUACAAACUAAAAGUCCCAAAAAUUUGCCAGUGAUUGGAACGAUUGAUGGGAAAUUCGACUGUGGAUAUUUGGUUUCGGUGAAGUUGGGUGAUGAGAUUCUACGUGGAGUUUUAUACCAUCCACCUGCAUUUGAAUCGGCUUCGAUGGUUCCAACUAGUCAAAGUGCAAUUGUUCCAUAUGAUCCUAAUCUUCGUAGGAAGAGGAGGAGACGAAGAUACGGAGACCCGGAUCGUCCGAAACCAAACAGGAGUGGUUAUAAUUUCUUCUUCUCUGAGAAACAUUCGAAGCUUAAAACGGUGUAUCCUAAUAGAGAAAGAGAGUUUACUAAAAUGAUUGGCGAGUCUUGGAGUAAUCUCAGUCAAGAAGAUAGAAUGGUUUACCAGAAAAUUGGGUUGCAAGAUAAAGAGAGGUACAAAAGGGAGAUGAAGGAAUACAAGGAGAAAUUGAAGCUGAAUUUUACUUCACAAGGGAGUUGGAAGAAUUGAUAUUUGAGUCUAACAGAAAGUUCAAGGAAAGAAGGGGAUGAUACAUAACACUUACCACAUUACCACCUAUGUUUUUUUGACAUUUCAAACAUGUAUUAAUAGUUGUUUAUAUUACUUAUUUUAGUACUCCGUACUACAGAUGAUUAUGAACGAUGCUAAUUGCAAUGUGCCGUUGUUUGUACAAGUGCAAACUUUAGGAAACAAGGGAUAGACAACAAGCAAAGAAAACGUUUGAAAUUGGACAAGGUUUCUGGUGUGCCGAUGAUUGGCAUAGACAAGUAGAGAACAUGUGAUAAACCCGUAAGUAAUUCAUGCAAAAUCUCAAUGUUAAUGGUUGUAUUGAAGCUUGGAACCAUGUGAAAAUCUCAAUCUCUCUUCCACAUAAUUAUGGAUUCUCAGAGCUUCUCCAACGGUGGAUGUGGAUAUUUCCUAUGUGGCAUCACUUUUAAGACAUCCUCUAAGUUAAAAAUCCUAAAUAUUAGGAAAAAAAUAAAUUUUAUCUCCAACCCAUAAAGCGUUGUAUUAUUCUUUUACUUAUUUAUAGGUAUAUAUAGUUGGUUAAAA